CAGUGGUCAGAAAAUGGGAAGGAGCAGGCUGAAGUUUCCCAACAGAAGCCAAGCGGGAAGGCUCCUGUCUCCUACCAGCCAUGCACAAGCUGGCCGCCUGCUUCCUGCUCUUCGUGGGGCUGUUGCACCCGCUCUGCUGUCUCCCCGUCAGUGGCUCCAGAGAAGCGCCCCUCCAGCUGCCGGCCCCUGAUGAAGAGGCGAGGCUGGCCCUGGAGGAGAUGGAGAGGGCAUCUCUCCUGCGGCUGCUGCGGGAGGCGCUGGGUGCAGAGAGCAGCGCCAGGCUCAGGCAAGCGGGUACGGGGGUCCUCGCUCGGGCACCCCUUCACUUUAUUGCUACUGAAUUUGCACCCCGACCUCAGCUAGUAGACGAGGCGAACCCCAUGUUGGAGGAUAAAGACCCUCAGACUGAUGUCCUUAACCCAAGAGGAGAUGUGAGAAAGGCACCCUCUGGACAAGAGCCUAACAUCUUACUGAGUCGUCUUUUGGCAAGAAGCAGGAAACAGCAGAAGCAGCACGGGGCCCCCUUGGAGUGUUUCUGGAAAUACUGCGUCUGAAGCUGCUGGCUGGGUGCCCCUCCCUCGCCUCGAGACACCCACCUUAGGUAAAGACUCCCAUGCCCAACUGGAAAGCAGUGCGAGGGGACCUGAGGCGGACCACACCCAUGCCUGUCUCAGGAAAUAAAUCCGAAAUGUUUUCAA